AUGGCUGGGGAGAAACGUGUUGAACAUGUGUGUUCCCCUCGCUUGUCGUCAUGGCGGGUGUCUGGUUUUAGGCCAGCACUUUGGAAGUGUGAGGAGAUCAAAUCAUUUGAUGGAAACGUAAGUGAUAAUGACACCAUCACCGUGGCAAAAAUGAUGAAAAUCUGCCCACGAGAUCUCGUGUGGAAGCUUGCUUUCCAGCCACACUAUCACGGUCGAUUUACUGAUACAUAUCCAGAGACGCUUUGCAAAAUCUACACAGCUAAGCCGGCAGUGCCUCAUAAUGCGCACCUAUGUCAAGUGAAGGACUUAAUGCACAGGUGUGGACGAAGCCUGCGGGGGAGCGGGGCCACUCGUCACUCCCGCCAGGGUCCCCAGCAGGACCGCUGGGCUUCUGUCCGGGCCGCGCCGGACAAUGUCGCCUGGUCGGGGUCGCCGUGGGUGCUGACGGACCCCUGGGGAAGUACCAGGAGGUCGUUGUGUGGGGCCCGAACUCGACCUGAUUCGACCUUGUUUGCUGAACUCGGUUAUUUCACAGACACUGAUGAGCCGCUGUUGGAUACAGCAAAUGAGACUUAUGAAAACAAUUUUGAUCAUCUUGAUUUUGAUUUGGACUUGAUGCCUUGGGAGUCAGACAUUUGGGAUAUCAACAACCAAUUCUGUACAGUUAAAGAUAUUAAGGCAGAGCCUCAACCACUUUCUCCAGCCUCCUCAAGUUGUUCAGUCUCAUCUCCUCAGUCAGUGGACUCUUAUUCUUCAACGCAGCAUGUUCCCGAGGAGUUGGAUUUGUCUUCGAGUUCCCAGCUGUCUCCUCUUUCCUUGUAUGGAGAGAGCUGCAGUAGUCCUUCCUCCGCAGAGCCACUGAAGGAAGAUAAGCCUGUCAUUGACCCUAGGAACAAAACUGAAAAUGGACUGACUCCAAAGAAAAAAAUUCAGGCAAAUUCAAAACCUUCAAUUCAGCCCAAGCCUUUAUUGCUUCCAGCAGCACCCAAGACUCAAACAAACUCCAGUGCGCCAGCGAAAACCAUCAUUAUUCAGGCACUGCCCACACUUAUGCCUCUGACGAAGCACCAGCCGAUUAUCAGCAUACAGCCUGCACCCCCUAAAGGUCAGACGGUGUUGCUCUCCCAGCCCACGGUGGUACAGCUUCAGGCCCCUGGAGUGCUGCCCUCUGCCCAGCCGGUGCUCGCUGUUGCUGGGGGAGCCACGCAGCUACCUAACCAUGUGGUGAACGUGGUGCCAGCCCCUGUGGCGAACAGCCCAGCGAAUGGAAAACUUUCCGUGACUAAACCUGUCCUGCAAAGCACCAUGAGAAGCGUGGGUUCAGAUAUGGCUGUGCUCAGGAGACAGCAACGAAUGAUCAAAAAUCGAGAGUCUGCUUGUCAGUCCCGCAAGAAGAAGAAAGAAUACAUGCUGGGGCUCGAGGCAAGGUUAAAGGCAGCCCUCUCAGAGAACGAGCAGCUUAAGAAAGAGAAUGGGUCCCUGAAGCGGCAGCUGGACGAAGUUGUGUUAGAGAACCAGAGGCUUAAAGUCCCUAGUCCAAAGCGGAGAGCCGUCUGUGUGAUGAUUGUAUUGGCAUUUAUAAUUCUGAACUAUGGACCUAUGAGCAUUCUGGAACAGGAUUCCAGUAGAAUGAAACCUCACAUAUCUCCUGCAAAUCAAGGACGGCGUCUUCUAGGGUUUUCUGCUAAAGAGGACCAAGACACGUCAGACGGCAUCAUCGAGAAAAGCAGUUACAGAUUCGAUCAUUCUGUUUCAAAUGACAAAGCCCUGAUGGUGCUAACUGAAGAGCCACUACUUUAUAUUCCUCCACCUCCUUGUCAGCCCCUGAUCAAUACCACAGAAUCUCUCAGGUUAAAUCAUGAACUUCGAGGCUGGGUUCAUAGACACGAAGUGGAACGGACCAAGUCGAGAAGAAUGACGAAUAAUCAACAGAAAACCCGGAUUCUUCAGGGUGCUUUGGAGGAGGGCUCCAAUUCUCAGCUGAUGGCUGUCCAAUACACAGAAACCACUAGUAUCAGGAACUCAGGGAGUGAGCUGCAGGUGUAUUACGCGUCACCCCGGAGUUACCAAGACUUCUUUGAAGCCAUCCGCAGAAGGGGAGACACAUUUUAUGUUGUGUCAUUUCGAAGGGAUCACCUGCUGUUACCAGCCACCACCCAUAACAAGACCACAAGACCAAAAAUGUCAAUUGUAUUACCAGCAAUAAACAUUAAUGAAAACGUGAUCAAUGGGCAGGACUACGAGGUGAUGAUGCAGAUCGACUGCCAGGUGAUGGACACCAGGAUCCUCCACAUCAAAAGCUCGUCAGUCCCUCCUUACCUCCGAGAUCAGCAGAGGAAUCAAACCAACACCUUCUUCGGUUCCCCUCCAGCAGCCACGGAGGCAACCCACGUGGUUAGCGCCAUCCCGGAGUCAUUACAAUAGUCCCCUGGGCCGCCUGGGAAGAGGAAGCGUGGGGCCCUGCCGGACCGCGAGUGGGUGACAGAAAGACUGCUUUCUCCCUUCCCGGUGGGGAGCAGAGCGGAGCAGAGAUUCGGAGGGAGCAGACAGAGAAUAAAGAAGCUGCUCUUUGGUUUACUGUCUCCCCGUCCACUUGGAAAGCACUGGAAUUCAGACGCACAAGAACAGCCGUUCUCCACUGGCACGUGUGGCCCGCAUCCUCCGGUGCCGCCGGGGUGGACUUCUCUGUACCUUUCCAGACUGCUUGUCCCCUGUGUGCGUGUUUUGUGUUUAAAUAGUCACCUUGUUUCCAAUAAGAUCCACUUCCCCUUUCUGCCACCUCACCUGCUGACACAGUAAAGUGAUUUUUAUUUAAAGUUU